UACUAAACGAGACCGAGGUGCAUGACGAAAUCCCAAUAGUAAAACCUCUUCUGUGUGAACCCGAGAGCGCCACAAAAAAACCAAUACGAGGGAGAGGGAGAGGGAGAGGGAGAGAAUGGCGAUAGGCGUGGCCGCCCCAAAAACGGUGAUGAUCACCGGAGUCAGCCGAGGACUUGGCCGAGAUCUGGCCCUAGAGCUCGCGAAGCGUGGGCACACGAUAAUAGGCUGUGCUCGAGCACAAGAUAAGCUCCAGUCCCUUCAGGAUGAGAUCUCCUCCUCCUCUUCUUCUAACCACCUUUUUCAAGCUCUCGAUGUUAAGUCAGACGUUGGUGUUCAAGACUUGGCAAAAUUAGUUGUGGAGAGGAAACAAGUUCCUGAUAUCAUAGUGAAUAAUGCGGGUACUAUCAACAAGAAUAAUAAGGUAUGGGAAGUUUCAGCUGAAGAAUUUGAUACUGUCAUUGAUACCAACAUUAAAGGUACAGCAAAUGUGCUCCGUCACUUCCUGCCACUCAUGAUUGGAAGAAAGCAAGGGAUUAUUGUGAACAUGUCUUCUGGCUGGGGAAGAUCAGCAGCUGCUCAGGUGGCGCCCUAUUGUGCUUCAAAAUGGGCAAUUGAGGGUCUUACUCGUUCAGUGGCUAAGGAAUUGCCUCCUGGAUUGGCAAUUGUUGCAUUGAGUCCUGGUGUGGUGAACACGGAUAUGCUUGCCUCGUGCUUUGGAACUUCCGCUGCCCUCUAUCAGACUCCUGAAGCAUGGGCUCCACAAGCAGCAAGGAUGAUACUUAAUCUCUCCGCUGAAGAUAAUGCUGCUUCGCUCACUGUUUGAUUUAAAGAAAUUAAUUAAGAGUCUAUAACUUGUACAUCGGUGACUUUUGGUGUUUGGCAUUGUGAUGAUAGGAAUUAAGAUAGAUUCUAUCCAUAGCAGCAAGCAUUUCUCCUUUUUAAAAGAAGUGCCUGGUGAAUUUCACAGUGUAUUUGGCUCGAACAAUAGAAAUCUCUUGUGGUGGGCAUUUUUAACAUCUUUGUGUACAACUGGCAGCUUUCUUUUCAAUGAAUUUCAUAGUGAAUUUAGCUAAA